AUGGAUGUCUAUAAAUUCUACCUUAGUAAGUGUGAACAAGAAACAGUUGGAUGUGUAAGCAGGACGACCUUUAGUGCAAUGAUUGUCAAGAAAAAUAUUUCAAUUUUGCCCACGAAAAAGGAUCAAUGUAAUACGUGUGCAAGCUACAGAAGUGGAAAUAUUAUGGAGAAUAUUUGGCAGGAUCAUAUUAACAAAAAGGAUACAGCUAGAGCUGCAAAAGACAAAGAUAAAAACGAAGCAGCAAUUGGCAGUCAAAUCACCCUGGAACUCGAUCAGGCUGUAAAACUUGCACCAUUCACCCAGGCAAAUGCCUUUUAUUAUAAAACAAAAUUGUGCUGCCAUAACAUCACAGUAUAUAACGUAGCUACAAAACACGCUACUUGUUACUGGUUUUCUGAGGACCAGAACAAUCAACUGGUAUCCUAUACAUUCACGUCUUGCCUUAUAGACUACCUUACCAAAUAUUGUCUCACUGAUGAUAGAAAACCGAUAAUCAUAUAUUCGGACGGAUGUACGGCGCAAAAUAGAAAUUGUGUUAUGUCCAACGCUUUGCUAAACUUUAGCAUAAUGCAUAAUGUACAAAUUAUUCAAAAGUUUUUGGAAGUUGGGCAUACCCAGAUGGAAGUCGAUUCAGUGCAUGCCUGUAUUGAACGAAAAUUAAAAAACCGGGAAAUUAAGCUUCCAAGCGAUUAUAUUGGUAUUACUAGAGAAGCCAGAAAAAACCCAUCUCCGUAUGAAGCAAUAAACUGUAAGUUCAGUUUCUUUAAAAAUUAUACAAACCCUCUGAGAUAUUCAUCGAUACGACCAGGUAGAGUAGCAAAAGAUCCGGUAGUUAUGGAUAUCAGGGUUAUCAAUUAUGAUCCACAGGGCGUUAUCAAGGUAAAACUGGAUCAUUCUAGCUCAGAAUUCACUGAAUUACCAAUCAGGUCUAAAAAGUAUCCUCCAAUUGAAAAUUAUCCUCCGUUGUACACGCAAAGGUGUAAAAUUCCUAAAUCGAAAUGGCAACACCUGCAGGAAUUAAAAUCGGUAAUUCCAGAAGAUAGUCACAGUUUUUAA